AGGCAAAAUAAACAUUUGAAAAUAGCAAAAUAUAACUCAGUUAAUUGAGUUGCAGAACGUGCGCGAUUAUACAAUUUUCAGCCUGAAAUGAAUACAGAAAAUAUAGUAAAGCACUAUUGGGAUUGUGCAGCGGCGCUUAAACCCGAGACGCACACACAUAAAUUACUCAAAUCGUACUACAUGACAUUAUGCUGCAGGCGGGCGAAAGCAAGUAUAAAUUUGCCGCGGGAGAAGUUCUCCCGCCACACAAUGUGUCCACGUUGCUCCAGCAAAUGGGACGAGACAAAUUUCCAGAUGAAACUUAAACCUCAGCAAGUCGCACUUACCACCAAAGUUAAAAAACAAUUGGAAAAAUUAUACGAGGCCAACAAGAGCACGGAAAGCCGAAGAACUAUAACCAAGAAGCAGCGUAAAAGGGCUAAAUGGCUACGUAAACGUGUAUUAAGCAAUGUGGAAAUGCAAUGCGAACUGUGUCAACAUAAAACUUUACUAACAUUGCACAAGCCGAGCAGAGGCGAGCGUGAGUCGAGAACGCUGGAAACCGCAGAGUUGGAAGAAAGCACUAUCGUUGAAACUGUGCCUGCACCUACACCAGUUAAAACGAAAAAGAACAAAAGUAAGGAUAAAACAGCUGGUCUGAAACUUGACAAUGUACAAACACACGCAGCUAAAAAAGUAACACCUAACAAGGAUGCCAAUCAAAGGAGGAGCAACCAAAAGACAGCAGCUGUAAUAGUUAAACCACAAGCAAAUAAUAAAAGUGUCAGCAAAACAGCAGCUGCUCCAAAGCAGCAAGCCAAACAUGCCGCCAAUCUAACGCAGCCACUCAAAUCGAAAAAGAAAAAACAACAUACCAAAGUGGUAGCAGCACCUGUAGCACAGAAUGUAAAAUCAAAAACGCAAAAGCAAAAUUCAUUGCUGCAAUUGGCUGCUCUACUCAAGGCGCAAACGACCAGUAAAGCUGGUGCGAAUGUGGCGCAAAAGAAAUUGGAAUCGCUACUAAAAUAGGUACCUGAAAUAGUACGUAGUUAAUUUUAAUAUAAUUCAAUAAUAGCAGUGUAUUUUCGUCUAAUUCUUUUUGUAUUGUGUUUUUAU